CAAGGUAACAUAUAUGAAUCAACCUUGAGUUUUUACCACCCUCUUUUUAAUGGAUAAAAAGUAGACCGUUGAUUAAUGUGUCAUUCAUAGAUACACUUACGUGCUUUAUUGACCAUUGCAACAACAAAUAAACAAAUCGACUGAAAUACAUGUAGUAAUUUAUUAUUAAAUACAUUUACGGAAACACGUUUGAUCAUUCAUGUGGAGUUAAAAGUUUUAUUUACCUUCUUAAAUUUAAAUUGGAAAGCCGGAACACGAUUAUAACAUAAUAAAGUAGUAAGAUCUGUUUUUAGUGAUAUUUUGUGUUUGAUUAUUUUAAAGUUUAAUAACAGUUUAUCAAUUUAAAAAGGACUUAGUUCAUUCAGGAUGGUCUGUUUAGUGAUGAAAAAGUGGUGUUAUAUACCAUGAUAUAGGGAGAUGUUUGUUUAAACUCAAAUGUUAUUUGUGAGAAUAUAUAUAUACACGAAUUAUAAUUCGGAAACCAUUCAGAAUAUAUUGAAGCACUUGUAGCAAACUUCAAUGAGUAACUUAGAGAGCUUCGACCCUUUUCAGGUUUUUGAGGUAUCCCACUAUCCAUGUACAAUACUAUAUAUAAAAGUAGUGAGAGGAUACAAUAUAACUAAAGGAUGGGCUGCAGAUCUUAUGGAUACACCAGAUCCGUUCGUAUCGUUAUAUAUAAAGACAUCUCCAAACUGUUUGCAGAAGACGAAGACUGUAGAUAACGAAGUAAAUCCAGUAUGGGAUGAAACAUUUCAAUUCUACCUUGAUCCUAGAGAUAACAAUGAGCUUGAAAUUACCUUGAUUGAUGCUAACUAUACAAUAGACGAAACUAUUGGUAUGUGUAUCAUAAGUCUGAAGGAUUUACCAUAUGCAACAGAGAGAGAAACAAAAACUUUACAAUUCAAUAAGACGUCAGAAGUCGACAUUGAAAUGUGGGCAGUAUUAAGUGUCACGCCAGAUCUAAGAUUCAGUCUGACGUUAUGCGAAGAGGAACGAACAUUUUUAGCUCAAAGAAAACGAGUAAUUUUUGAGAGCAUGAAAAAACAGUUGGGUUCAGAUGCACCGAAAUCAUCUAGAGAGGUACCAACCAUUGGUGUGUUGGGAUCAGGUGGUGGUUUUAGAGCAAUGACAGCAUAUAGUGGCGUGUUUUCAGCUUUAGUUGACAGUAAAAUACUAGAUAUGACAACAUAUGUGUGUGGACUGUCAGGGUCAGCAUGGUAUUUAUCUCAACUGUACUCAAAUCCAGAAUGGCCAAAGAAAUCCCCAAAAGAAUUACAGCCACAGUUAAAAGACAAUAUAGAUUCUAGUCCUUUCCUGUUGCUUGGACCACGGAGCAUGUAUAAAUAUGUUAGUAAUAUUAUAGAAAAACGACGUCAAGGUCAACCAGUCAGUUUUACUGAUUUCUUUGGACACCUUGUUGGUGAAACUUUGCUACAUGAGAGAAUGAAUGCCAAACUUACAGACCAGAGAGAUAUAAUAGAAACAGGAGAGGUGCCAUUUCCAUUAUACACAUGUUUACAUGUAAAGAGACAAGUCUCUGCUAUGAUUUUCCAUGAAUGGAUGGAAUUUUCCGCUUAUGAAAUUGGUUUACCAAAAUAUGGAACAUUUAUGAAAACUGAACAUUUUGGUAGUAAAUAUUUCAUGGGGCAACUAGUACGAAAACAUCCAGAACCCCCACUUCAUUUCUUACAAGGUAUUUGGGGGAGUGCAUUUUGUAUUCAACUAAAACGACUCCUGAAAGAUGACAAGAAAGUAAUGAAUGAAUGUCGUUCAUCUUUUGAUGAGAGGGAAGAAAUGGCAAAAGAGCUAUUAGACGAUAUGGGAAAUCAAACUGAUGACGAUAGUGAAUCAAGUGAAAGUGAGGAUGAUACCGAUGACAAGAAACAGAAUGACAAAAGAAAGAAUAAAACAAUAAAGAAAGAAAAUAAACCCGAUAAGAAGGAUCAUUCGUUUUGGAAAAGUGUUCUGGGAACAGUAUUUGAUGCUAACUCGUGGAUAAAUUCUAUAGAAGGAAGAGCUGCAAAAGUACACAGCUUUAUGAGAGGAUUAUCCCUGUAUAAGGUGUACCCCUUUUCACCAUUUACAUCUAUAAAUGAAGAGACCGCAGAUCAGUUUGAUGGCAUUUUUGAACUAUUUCCAACCACAAUGAAAAAGCUCUACGUUGUUGAUGGAGGAUUGACAUUCAAUUCGCCAUACCCGUUGUUGUUAAGGCCACAGAGACAAGUAGAUCUUAUCUUGUCGUUUGAUUUUAGUGCAAGACCUACUGAUGAUACACCACCAUUUAAGGAAAUCAAGAUUGCAGAACACUGGGCUCACAAGAACAAUGUACCGUUUCCACCAAUAGACGUCAAUAUAAUGGAAAAGGAAGGAAUUAAAGAGUGUUAUGUGUUUGAAGAUCGGAAAGAUCCUAAAUGUCCUACCAUCUUACAUUUUGUUUUGUCGAACAUAAAUUUCCGGAAUGAGACACAACCAGAUGUACCAAGGCAAACAGAUGAAGAAAAAGAGUUUGGUGAUUUCCAACUAUUUGACGACCCAAAACGACCAUAUUCGACUUUCAACUUUAAUUAUUCUCAUCUGGCGUUUGAAAGGAUAACUCAAUUAACUGAAUAUAACACUCUGCGCUUUAAAAAUCUAAUUAUGGACAAGGUUCGAGAAUGCGUGAGGAAAUAUCAGGAUUCAACAAUUCGAAGACCAAUUAAACUACAAGAUAUAAAGAAAUUAAGACUAGGAGCAAAGGAUAAGGAGGAUAGAUUAAAACAGUUUGUCGAAUCUUUUGAUACCCCUGAUUCAUGAUUGAUAAACUUAGUGCAGUUUUUGAACAUUGAUUGCAAGCCUAAGAAGAAAGUUAGGUGCUUAUGUUGGUUUUUGCGCAGUUUUUGAACUUUGAUUACAAGCAUAAGAAGAUAGUUGGGUGCUUAUGUUGGUUUUUGCGCAGUUUUUGAACAUUGAUUGCAAGCAUAAGAAGAUAGUUAGGUGCUUAUGUUGGUUUUUUUCAAACACGAAAUGUUAUGAUUGUGGGUAAUAUAAUAGUUGUAUUUUCUUACAACAUACUACAUGCAGUACCUAUACCAUGGGACUGACAGUGUGCUUUGGAUAAGAACUGAAGAUUAUAUGAUAUGUUCAGGCGAACCUUGAAAUGUUCUACAGACGUUAAGUAAACGAUUGAACAUGAUAAUAAUUUGAACAGUUUGAAAUGCAUUAGAAAUAGUUGUAUUUAUUUUUUACAUAUCUACAUUUUGUUUUCGUUUAAUACCAAUAAUAUUUGUUUUUACAUGUCUGUAUUUUGUGUUCGUUACCUAUGUUAUAUUUUUACCUGUCUACAUUUUGGUUCUCUACCCAUAUCAUUGUUGAUGUUUUUUCAACUAUUUAUUAGAAACCGACUCAAAUCCAAAGGGAUGGCAUUGAUAGAAAUGUUUUUGUUAAACUAAUUUGUUCUUCAUUGUUUAUUCCUGAGCGAUGUUUUGCAAUGUUUUACCUCUAGUUUUAGUAGUCAUUCAGACAUUUUUAUGUUAUCUUUUUAAAAGUGAAUUCAUUUUAUCUGUUUUUCUUAUAUCUGUUUUUCUUAUAUUUGUUUAAUAAUUAUCUCUUGUUUUUUAAAUAAAGAUAUCUAAAAUAAA